CUCCUUUCGCCGCGUCAGUCUCCUCCCGCAGGCGCCGCAGUGACAGCUGAGCCGGCGGUUCCUGGUCGCCCACUGCUUGGCUUGGCCGGCUCCCGGGGCUUCUCUCUCUCGGCCGCCGAGGUUGCGGGCGUGGCACGUCGUGCCCAUCCCGGAGAAAGGCGGGCUCGAGAGCUGCGGGAAAACGGCCGUCAUGGCGGAUGACUUCGGCUUCUUCUCCUCCUCGGAAAGCGGAGCAGCCGAGGCCGCCGAAGAGGACCCGGCCGCUGCUUUCCUGGCUCAGCAGGAGAACGAGAUUGCGGGCAUCGAGAACGACGAAGGCAUCAGCUGCGCCGAAGGAGCCGCCAGGGGAAGCCAGGAGGCCGCCGAGGAGCCCCAGGUUAAUUUUGAAAACACAGGAGGAACUACUGUGAACGGUGAUGUGUUUCAGGAAUCCAAUGGACCUACAGAUGCCUAUGCAGCCAUUGCCAAAGCUGACCGAUUGACACAGGAGCCCGAGAGUCUUCGCAAAUGGAGAGAGGAACAGAAAAAGAGACUGCAGGAAUUGGAUGCUGCUUCGAAGGUAUUAGAACAGGAAUGGCGUGAAAAGGCUAAGAAAGACUUGGAGGAAUGGAACGUAAGGCAGAAUGAACAAAUGGAGAGGAACCAGGCCAAUAACAGAGCCUCAGAGGAAGCCUUCCUAAAGGAGUCCAAGGAAGAGACGACUGGCACUGAAUGGGAGAAAGUGGCCCAACUCUGCGACUUCAAUCCCAAGAGCAGCAAGCAGUCCAAGGAUGUCUCACGCAUGCGCUCAGUGUUGAUCUCCCUCAAACAGAUCCCUCUGGCCCGCUAGCCUAGCUGAACAGAGGCUGGGGCUGGAGUGAGGGUGCUGGUGGCUCUUUGUGCCAGCCAGUUUAGCAGCAACACCACCACGGGCUUAGAAGGCCACCAAAAUGGGGGAACAAACAAAAGCAUCCCACCCCUGCCUCUUUCUCUCUUCUCAGUAUGUUCCUGUCACUUAGAUUGGGUGGCUGCCUGUAUAACCCUCCUCCCCCUUGAAUUUACUUUGCUUAAAGGGUGCACUGAUAUCUUUUUACACAUAUUUAUUAAUGGUGUGGUCCUUGGGCAACUGCUCUCUUCCCUGCUGCCUUCAGGCAAGGUCACUUUCAGUAUUGGGUCAUUCAGUUUCCCACUCCACCAGUGUUGCUGAUAUUUACUCCCCUGAAACCUGGCUGGUUUAAUAGGUUAACCAUCAUUCCCCUCUUUAGUCAUUUGUACUCGACCGGCCCGGGGUGGGUUGGAGGGGGGGGGGAGUGGCAGUGCUAAAACUGACCUUAGGACUGGGAACAAAAUUCUGGUCCCAGUUCUGUUGCUGUUCUUUUUUCUUUUAACCUGAGUGAUGAGAAUGAUUCUCAGGAAUGGCCAACAGUUAAAGGAUUGGGAUUCAGUUGUGUUUCCCACUUGUGCUGGACAUCGCAGGCACAGUCCAAUUGAAGAGAUCUCUUAAAAAAUGAGUCCUUCAAGAGCAAAUGUACAGAAGAGAGAGAGAGAAUGGACAACUGAAGUAGUAAUAGAUGUGUGUGGUACAUUUUUAAUGGCAAACCUGAAAAUGAGAUUUGUAUGAACCUGAAAGCUACAAUCCAAGCUAAAACCACUGCACAAAGAUUUGCUUGCACCGAAGAGAAUGUUGUUUCUCUUUUUGAGAUAAUCCUUAGGCUUAGUUGAUGUCUAGGAGGAAUAUACGAGCAGAUUCCUUCACUUUCAGUCCUCUCUUCAAAGGUUAUUCCAUAUUUGCUUAAGGAUACACUAAAUGUAUAGCUACAAUGUAGAGUUAAACUGGAUGUUAUUAAAAAAUACCUUCUUUGGAUCUUCUCCACUGAGAUAGCUGUAGAUUUAAACAAACAGAAGCCAAUUCUGGUUUUGCUCACAUAACUAAUACACAUAGUUAAAUACUAUGUUUUACGUUCACAUUUUUUUUGGCAUUUAGUGCCGUAACGUACAGUGGGACUUACUCCCAUGUAUAUAUGUUUAAGGUUUCAGACAUAGAUAUGCCACAUUUGUUCCAGAAUAUACUUGCCCAUUCGGUUUUCAGGGCUUUGCAUCAGCAACACAUGUCCUUGCUACUAGGAUGGUUUUACAGUCCAGCUACCUAAAGGAAGUUUUGUAUCAGCAGCAAUGUCAGAUGAUGCAAGUUUUUCCCCCAGUCUUUCUUCCUUUCCAUACUAGCUCAGAUCUGCAAUCUCUUUUGCUAUAAUUAAAGAAGACUCGAUAAUUCUUCCAAUUUCCCUUUGGGUGUAUGUUUUACUAGAAAGGGAAGCUUGGCUCCUGUUUAGUGAAGAUUUUUCACUUGAGCAAAUGCACGGAUUACAAAAAUUCAGCAGUAUAAGACUGUAAGCUCAGUUUUUGAAAAUGUGGCUUUAGAAAGACUGGGCAUGUUACUUCAUCUUAACUGUUGUGUAGAGGGCUGAAAUGCAGACAUUCAUGAAAAUAUAGGUGUACAUACAGCAUAUACGAGUUGUGUUCACUACGUUAAGUUAGCAUUGGUUUGCAUAUAUAUUUUACUUGUAAAAUGUCCUAAUGGGGUAAAUUCAAUGUGUGAUUUUUUGCAAAGUAAAGAGCCAGAACACAAUGAUGUUAUUAGUGCAGGGAAGACAUCUUUCUGAUAACUUCAGUAUUUUUCAUAGGUGGGUUAUAUUAUACCCCAAAGUGCUAUGCUAGAAGACCUGAGAAUGUUCCCCAAAGUGAUUUUGGAGGGGGGGCAUAUCAUUUGCUGAGAGUACCAUCAGAGGUUGCUCCUUUAAAUAAGGCUUCAGCAAGUCUUUCUCUUGCAUUUCCUUGGCUUGCAUCCUAUGGGUCCGAGAUAUUGUCAUUUAAAAUGAAAAGUUCAUAGGAACCCUCAACAUAUAUACCUUCUGGAACACUGGAGGAAAGAGAAGAAACAUGAAGAAAGUUUGAAUACUUUCAGAAGCUUUCUUUUGAGAGUUGUUUACUGAAUAUCAUUUUAUCAGAAGCCAAAGACUCCUCAGUCAGGUGUAUGUGGCAAAGAUGGCAAGGCUACCAAAGGGAAUGAAGGGACAAUUACAGUUCUAAGGAUAAUGUCUUGUCCCAUCACUGAUUACUGAGAAAUUUAUAGCCCAAGAAGAUGGCCAAAUGCCCCUAGUAGCAAUCACAAUCUGACUGGCCAUUUCAGCUUAACAAAAAUUAAAACUCCUCUCCCAAUUUUCCGUGAGAUUGCUAAACUAACAACAGCUUCUAGAAUCACAGAUUGCUUUCUUAAACUGAAAAAAUAAUUAAAGUAAUGACAUCAAAAUGCAUUUUUCAAAAUUUGUUACAUAAGACCGUCAGGAUUCCUGUAUGAAGUCGUCUUAAUAUUGUGUUUCCUGCAAAGUAUUUUGAAGCAAAGAAGAUUAAAAAGUUACGCAAUUCAAAACAUUUAAAGACACUUAUGUGUGAGAACCCAACUAAAUAAUUCCUUAAUUUUUAAAAAAAAAAAUACACCAAGAUCUCCCCACAUAACGGCUUGUAGUUUUCUAAACCCUGCAAACCAGUACUCACACCAAUCAGAGCUAAAAAAUCAGGAUAUUUUAGAAUUCCUUCCAUAAUUAUGUAAAAUUACACAAUGUAAAUUUAAGCAAAUUUUUAAUUCUAUGUUAAUAGAUUUAAUAGCUAUUCUUCAAAUAGUUAAAAAGUUUUCCUGUGCAUAUUUUAUGUAUAUAAUUGGGCAGUCUUGGGGGUAAGAGUUCUGCGGGUGUAAAAAGAAAGAUCUCUGACUUCUUAUGCAGAUAUGCCUAUAUAAUUUUCUUGGUAGUAGUACAAAAAUUUUGCUGUUGCCUUUUUCGGGGAUGCCUUUCAAUUUCCUAGUCUAGAUUGGGAUGAUUUGUGCAUCCAAGUACAAUCCAGGUUAGUUGCUUAGAUUUCUGAGGUCAGCCAAGUUUGGCUAAAUACUGCCACUUGCAGAAUUUAAAUAAAUCCUUAAAACACAGGCAUUGUGACAAGGUUUUAAAAGAACGUGGCUACUGUGCUUCAAAUCCUAUCAGCUACUUCUGCCUUAUAGUUAGUAGCACAAUUUCCUGCAUAAUAAUACUAGGGUGCUAAUAAAGCCAAGAUGCAGAACAGCUUCUGCAAAAGAGUGUCCUUAUCAAGCAAAUAUUGCCAGAAAGGAAGGAAGGAAUCCAGUACCUCCUAGGGUAUGAGCUAUUUGAUUUAAAUUUUCAAACAUUCACGGUUCAUGUCUAAACAAGCAACAAGAUCAGUGUCAUAGCUUUUCCUUCCCUUAGAAUGUUUGAAAAUCAUUUUUUCAAUAUAACAAGCUAUAGCUUACAGUUACUUGAGUGUAAUAAUUGCCCAAUCUAGGCUAGUCAUACACAGUGAAUAAUUAUGCUGCUAGUAGUAUAUUGUGUUACUCAAUGAGAGCUAAAUUCAUGCAAUAUAAAAUACUGAACUAUAAUUACAGGAACCACCAAAGAAUUUAAAGUCAUUAUAGACACCAUCAGUCAAUCUUUUUAAUGCUGCUAUCUUCCUGGAAGUGUAAUCUAGCCGCUUAAUUCAUAUAACACUACUCCUUUUAACCUUGAUUUCAGAACCAUACUGGAUAUCUGUUCUAUUCUGCGUGCUAUCAUACUUCUGCAUUGUUUAAACCAACGCAUGGAAAGUGCAUACAGUAGUUUGAAGCUAUUUUGAUGGCAGAGGCUUUUAUGAACUGGCUGUAAGAAUUCAUCCAUAGGCACAAUAGAGAAAAGUGAUCAUCUCUGACAAUCAGAUUAAACUUUCCCCCUCAGUUUAACAUAUUUGAGUAAUAAUUAUCAGAUGUAAACUGUUACCAAAAUUAAUCUACAAUGCAAGGAAAUAGUCAAAAAGGAUUUCCCCCCUUGAGAAUUGCACACAACAAUGAUUAUGCAUCAACAUCGUUAUUUGAGUGCAUUGGGCAAUUCAGCUGUAGUUUUAUUCAGUAACCCAAGGUUUGAUGUUGCUAGGCCAGCCAUUAUAAUUUAGUCAAUAAACCAUGGCUUAGCAUGAUACAUAAAUUCAGCCAAUACAGGUUUUCUUGAAACUCUCAAUUCCUACCAUAAAGGAAUGCCCAUGAUUUCAAAGAACCCCUACUAUGUAGAAUUUUGCAUUUAUUAAAAUACGUCUCACUUGUUCCUACCUGAAGUAUUUGCUACAUCAAUUUUUUUGUGUUUUCUUGCAAAUGUGAACUCUGUCCAAGCAAUUUAUACAUAUGUUGAAUAGAACAGGCCACUGAGGCAUACCACUUGACUCUUCCUUCUAGAACAGGGAUGUCAAACUCGCAUUGUCACAGCAUGGUCAUGUGACAUAUCAUGACUUUCCCUCUUUGCUAAACCAGACAUGGGUGUAGCCAGCACAUAGGGCCGCGGGUUUGACACCCCUGUUCUAGACUGAUACAAAACUUGUUCAAUUCUUUCUUCUAGUAGCAUAUUCCACCCUGUAUUCCACCAUCUUCUCUCUCAGAAUCGCUUCAGAAUCUGCUGAACUUUUUGCUAAAGUCAAAGUACACUAUUACUAUAGUGCAAUGGACAACUAAGCUGGUCAUUUCUGUUAAAGCCUUUCAAAUUGCUUUGGGUUAACUAUACUUGCUAAACCCUGCUGACUCCUGCAGGGGCCCAGUGCAUUAUUUUUUAAAUGUUCCCAAAUUAUUUUCCCAGGAUGGACGCCAAGACAAAAUGAUUGGUCAUUACCAUGGUCAUCUUUUUGGUGUUUUACUGUUCUCUAAACUUUUGGCAUUACAUCUAUUCAUCAUUAAUCUUUAAAGAAAAGACACAAACUCUUCCAAAAGCCUUGGCUGGGAUUAAAUUUAUCAUGGACACAAAACUAUGCUUAUAGUAUUGGUUUAACUGAGUUAUUAAUCCCUUGAGUCACUUGCUUUAGUUACAUUAAUUUGAACCUAGAAGCCCUUCGGAGAGAAUGAAAUAGAGUAGGAGAUUAUGACAUUUCCCCAUUGUGGACUCCUUGGUACAUUAUUAUCAUGUUACCUGAUAACAUUCAAGUAAUGAAAUAUCUGCAAGCAAACAUUUCAGAGUGCACCAAGGACACCAUAGUUCAACCCUGAGCUACAUACAGUAUAUUCUCUUCUACUGGAACCUUUUUACAUUCUCUCUUACUAUCUCACCAUCUUUUUACAAUUUAUGCUUAUUCAUUCCAUUUACUUCCUUUUCUUUUCUCUCGCAAACAUAAAUUAUUUUGUCCUUUAGGAUUUCUGAUUCUUAUCAAAAUAUAUUUUAACAUCUACUUUGUCAAACACAAUAGGCAUGACCCAACUUUAAACAGGUUUAAUCCUAUUUAAAAUGUAAAGAUAUUUUAAGAUUUAGUAUCUGUAAAGAUAUUUUAAAAUCCUACGAAAUGUGAUUUACAUUGAGGUAUAUUAACAUAAAAUUAUAUCUGAAAAUUUAUACAUAUUGUUGAAUAAUUUUUCCCUAGCAUUCCUUUGUAAUUUAGCGGUUUGAAUGCAUAAAGAAUUGCUACAAACUUUUUUAAAAGUGGUAUAAAUUGUUAGCAAAGCUAUGACACGUGGAAAAUGCCAUUAGUUAGCAAGGCCAAGUUAAUAAUUCUGUUGCAAUCUAGCAAGUUCAAAAAUGAACAGACUGGAAAAGAGAUGCAAUUUGUCCCACCCUUGACACUGUAAGAGAGCUGCACGAUAGCCAAAAAACAGGAAUCUGGUAGCACCUUUUCAGACUAGCAAAUUUUAUUAAAAGAUAUAAACAUUUAUGAAACGCAAUUCCAUUCUUCAUAUGCUUGGAAUGGCUAUUCGAAUACAAGAUUUAAAUUGGAAUGAAGCUGGAUGGAGGGAGGGGACAACAGGCCAGUUUUUAAAAAAUUGACAUACAGAUCUCCCCACACACACAAAUUCUCAAGGGACCAUAUAACACUCAAAGGUCUGUAUCAUUCCAGCCUAAGACCUAGGUGAAAAGCCAGCUUUUAAAAUCUUUUUUUUUAACAAGGUCUUCAUGCGGACAAAUAGGAGGUUAUUGUUUCAGGGGGGCAGGUAUUGUGACAAAGAAGACAUGCUUUAUAGGUCCCAUCUAAUGAUACUGUUUAAUGGCUAAGAAUAUGACAAAUCUGUUUAAUCACAAAGCAGGGGCAGAAGGUACGGGAAAAGUCUCUAUGUCAUGAGAUGCGUUUAUGUAAUAACCAGCAUAGUGAAUUUACUUGGAAGCUUCCCAGCAAACAGCACAGCUCGCAAAGUAGCGGUGUUGCAUGGGCAUGCCCAUAAUUGCUUAAAUUGCUGCUUUAUUCUGGAUUAGUUCAAUCUUGUGAUGGUCUUCAAGGGCAGCCACAUGUAUAUACUGCGAUAAUCCAUAAGUAAACAAACGCAUGAGUGCUUGUUAGAAAAGCCUCUAGGUCCAGAAAAUGGUGCAAUCUAUAUGGAUUUCUGCAAAGGCCAUCUUGGCCAUAGCUGCCACCUGCUUCAUUUGGAGUGUGAGUUCAAGGUGAUCUCCAAAUUGUGCAACAGGAGGAAAUGGAUUCUCAUUUGGGCCAAAGGAUGGAACAUAUAUCUAGUUCCAACACCCAUAGCUGCUUGGCCUGCUACAAUUGAAUGAGUCUCUUCCUCCACACAUACACAACCUAAUAGCCUCCAAGUAGAGAUACAAGAUUUCGAUCUCUGCCAACCUUGGG